UCAGGGGAAAAAAAAAUAAAGAAAGAAUUCCCGACCUUACCUUACCUUGAGCUCAACGAGGGCUCAAUUGUCCCGAAAGUGAACCGCCAAAACCACAAACGACACCGUGCACUGUUGCCGCGACGCCAUGGCCGAUGAUCCUCAGCACAACCCCAACCGGGCGUUAACCGACACCCGCUUCUCCGAUCUCAAGCCGCCGCUUUCUCCGGCGGUUCUUGAAGCCCUCUCCCAAGCCGGCUUCGAGUUCUGCACGCCGGUUCAAGCCGCCACAAUCCCCUUGCUUUGCAGCUUUAAAGACGUAGCCGUCGACGCCGCCACCGGCUCCGGCAAAACCCUAGCCUUCGUUGUCCCACUCGUCGAGAUUCUCCGCCGUGUUUCGCCUCCUCCGAAACCUCACCAGGUUAUGGGAGUAAUCAUCUCUCCGACGAGGGAGCUAUCCACGCAAAUAUUCACCGUUGCUCAGCCAUUCAUUUCGACGCUACCGAAUUUCAAGUCGGUGCUUUUAGUCGGCGGAACCGACGUGAAAGAGGACAUAAAGAAAAUCGAGAAGGAAGGAGCUAACUUGUUGGUCGGAACUCCCGGGAGGCUAUUCGAUAUUAUGGAACGAAUUGAAAGCUUGGACUUCAGGAACUUUGAGGUUCUGAUUCUAGAUGAGGCCGAUAGGCUUUUGGAUUUGGGAUUCCAAAGGCAGAUGACUUCGAUUAUAGCUCGGUUGCCAAAGCUUCGGAGAACUGGUCUCUUCUCAGCAACUCAAACUCAGGCAGUGGAAGAGCUGGCCAAGGCCGGACUGAGAAAUCCCGUGAGAGUCGAAGUACGGGCUGAAACAAAGUCUGUAAAUGGUUCAGCAUUGGCAGAACAAGCUUCCUCUUGGAAUACACCUUCGGGCCUUCACCUCAAUUAUUUGGAGUGUGAAGCAGACAAAAAAUCAUCACAGCUUGUGGAUCUCCUUAUUAAGAACAAGUCUAAAAAGAUUAUAGUAUACUUGAUGACUUGUGCUUGUGUUCAGUACUGGGGACUUGUUCUUCCACGUCUUGCUUCUUUAAAGUGUUUGAAUUUAAUCCCUCUAUGGGGGAAGAUGAAACAGACUGCAAGGGAUAAAGCAUUGGACAAGUUUAGAUCGCUUGCAAGUGGCGUUCUUCUGUGCACUGAUGUUGCGGCACGUGGACUUGAUAUUCCAGGCGUUGAUUUUGUUAUUCAGUAUGAUCCUCCUCAAGAUCCAAAUGUCUUUAUACAUAGAGUUGGAAGAACUGCUCGUAUGGGUAGAGAAGGAGAUUCAAUUAUUUUCUUGAUGCCAAAGGAGGAAGGUUAUGUGGAAUAUCUUCGUGUGAAAAGGGUUCAUGUUCAAGAAAGGGAAUUAUCUGAAGAUGCUUCUGAUGUUGUUCCGCUGAUACGAUCUGAAGCAAAAAAGGAUCGUGAUGUCAUGGAAAAAGGGCUUAGAGCAUUUGUUUCUUAUGUCCGUGGGUAUAAAGAGCAUCAUUGCUCUUACAUUUUCAGGUGGAAAGAUCUUGAAAUUGGGAAGUUGUGCAUGGGAUUUGGAUUGUUGAAGCUUCCAGCGAUGCCUGAGGUGAAACACCAUUCACUUCCCACGGAAGGGUUCGCCCCUGUUGAAGAUAUCAAUGUGGAGGAGAUCAAAUAUAAGGAUAAAUCUCGUGAGAAGCAAAGAAGGAAAAAUUUGCAAGCGAAGAAAGAAGCGCAACAGCAACAGCCAAAACCUGAAAAGGCUGGCAGAAGUUCAAAUGCUGCACCUACUUUGAUGCGAAAGAAAACAGCUAAACAGAGACGUGCUGCUCAGUCAAUUGAAGAAGAAGAAGAGUUGGCACGGGAAUACCGUCUACUGAAGAAGCUGAAAAAGGGGGCUAUUGAUGAAAAUGAAUAUGCAAAAUUAACAGGAACUGAAGACUUACUAUGAAGUUCAUGAUACAGACAGGUGAUUUAUAGUUGAGAUGAAGUUCUGAGAAUUUCAAAGUUACAACAUUGAAGCUAAUCUUAACCUACGGCAAGGGAGUGAUUUUGAUAAAAGUGCAGAGUUUUUGAAGACUCGCAGCGAGAAAUGAACCCGCAGAUUUUAUUGGGGCAACUUUGCAGGUGACUUGUAAAGAUCGUUUGAUAUUGCCCCGACAAAUUUUGGAAAUUUUGGUUGUGAUUGAUAGUGCAUUGGCUCUGAAACCUUUUUUUUUUUAUUUCAUUUUGAAUUUUUUUUUUUGUUUAGUUUCAUAAUUUAUGUCCCGGUUAGAUUAAUGCUGAAUGGACUGCAAGAAAAGAAGCAAAAUAGAGUUGUAUUAACAACAAAGAAUGUAUUCUAAUAUUAGUAAUACAUGAGUA